CUUGCAGACCGUAAUCUAAAGUAUUAUAAAUUCUUUACAGUACAAAACAGUGAAGAACACCAUGAAUAAAAAUGUUGUCACGGCAUUCUAUUUAGUAUUAAAUACAUUUUUCUCGAUUGUAAUUGUACUAUUAAAUAAAUGGUUGUACAUCCAUAUAAGCUUUCCAAUAAUAACGUUGUCCAUGAUACAUUUUCUCAUCACCUUCGUGGGAUUAAUAAUUUGCGAGAGGUUUGAUAUUUUUUGCAUAAAGGAUGUAGCUCUGAAGGAAAUGUUAUGGAUCGCAUUUACUUUUUGCGGAUUUGUUGUACUCACGAAUUUGAGUUUGGCAUAUAAUACAGUUGGAACUUAUCAAGUAGCUAAAAUGUUGACCACACCUUGUGUCAUAAUACUGCAAAUAAUGUUUUAUAAAAAACACUAUAGUGUAUUGGUUAAAUUGACAUUAAUUCCUAUUAUAUUAGGUGUAACGAUUUUUUUCUAUCAUGACAUUCAAUUUAAUGUUAUUGGAAUAAUAUAUGCAACUAUGGGAGUGUUUGUGACAUCUUUAUACCAAGUGAUGCUGAAUACAAAGCAAAAGGAAUUUCAAAUGGAUCCAAUGCAAUUAUUGUACUAUCAGGCACCUCUGUCUGCUAUUGUAUUAUUAAUUAUUGUGCCAGUUUUAGAGCCUGUCCAACAAACUUUUGCACGAAGUUGGUCAUUAAUUGACUUGGUCAUGGUUGUGCUAUCAGGCAUAGUAGCAUUUUUUGUCAAUUUAACUUCGUACUGGAUAAUAGGAAAAACUUCACCACUGACUUACAACAUGGUUGGACACACUAAGUUUUGUUUGUUACUUUUAGGUGGAUCAUUAAUCUUUCACGAAACAUUAGCCAUAAAUCAUGUAAUUGGUAUAACACUGACAUUGAUCGGAAUUAUUUUAUACGCGCACGUUAAAAUGAAAGAUGUUCAAAUUGUGACAGCAGACUACGAAACGAAAGAAAGAAAACUAUUGCAUAAAAUAUAA